AUGACAAGUCCAAUGGAGAUCCUCCUGCUUUAUCUGAUGGUCCUCUGUGCGGCUGUCAAAGCCCACAAGGUUCAAGUCUGCCCAAAGCGUUGCGUGUGCCAGGUGCUCAACCCCAAUUUGGCCACGUUGUGCGACAAAAAGGGGCUUCUGUUCGUGCCGCCUAACAUCGACCGGCACACGGUUGAAAUGCGGCUGGGGGAUAACUUUGUCACCAGCGUCAAACGCAAGGAUUUCGCCAACAUGACUAAGCUAGUGGACCUGACGCUUUCCCGAAACACCAUCGGGACUAUCGUGCCACACGCCUUUAAGGACCUGGAGAACCUACGGGCGCUCCACUUGGACAGCAACCGGCUAACGCGAAUCACCAACGACACUUUCAGCGGCAUGUCAAAGCUGCACCACCUAAUCCUCAACAACAACCAGCUCACGCACAUCCAGAUCGGCGCUUUCAACGACCUGACGGCCCUUGAAGAGUUGGAUCUGUCCUACAACAACCUGGAGAGCGUCCCUUGGGUGGCUAUCCAGAGAAUGUCAAGCCUCCACACACUCAACUUGGACCAUAACAUGCUCAGCUACAUCCCUGAGGGCACUUUUGCGGGCCUGCAGAAGCUCAAGAGGUUGGACGUGACCUCCAACAAGCUCCAGAAGCUACCCCCUGACCCCAUUUUCCAGAGAGCGGGAGUCCUAGCCACCUCGGGGAUCAUGGGACCGACAUCUUUCGCGUUAAGCUUCGGCGGGAACCCGCUGCGGUGCAACUGCGAGCUCCUCUGGCUGCGGAGGUUGCGGCGCGAGGACGACCUGGAGACCUGCGCUUCGCCUCAGCACCUCGCUGGACGCUAUUUCUGGACCGUGUCGGAAGAGGAGUUCCUGUGCGAGCCUCCUCUCAUCACCAGGCACUCUCAGGAGCUGCGAGCCCUGGAGGGUCAGAGCGUGACGUUACGGUGUAAGGCUCGGGGGGACCCGGACCCUAUCAUUCACUGGAUCGCCCCCGACGGACGCCUCAUGUCCAACUCGUCCAGAGCCUCAGUGCACAGUGAUGGGACACUCGACAUCCUCAUCAGCACCGUCAAAGACUCGGGUUCCUUCACCUGUGUGGCGUCCAACCCGGCCGGCGAAGCCCAGACAAAGGUGGACCUGGUCAUCGCCAAGCUGCCUCACAUCGCCAACAACACGGCCGCCGAGCAGGAACCAGACCCUGGGUCAUCGGAUAUCGCCACAGUGACCAAAACAGGGGCGGAGGGCCCGGGUGGCGGAGUCCCCAUGGGAAACGCCAAGACUGGCUCGGAGAAGAAGGUGGUGGUUGCAGACGCCACAUCCACCUCAGCUGUAGUCCACUUCAACUUUCAAAGGAACAUUCCGGGAAUUCGCAUGUUCCAGAUUCAGUACAAUGGCACCUACGAUGACUCACUGGUGUACAGAAUGAUCCCGCCGAGCAGCGAGAGCAUCCUGGUCAACAACCUAGCGGCGGGGACCCAAUACGACCUGUGCGUGCUCGCCAUCUACGACGACCAGGUCACCUCGCUCACCGCCACCAGAGUCAUCGGCUGCGUGCACUUUUCUACCGAGCCGCAGUACCUCAGGUGCCACUUCAUGCAGUCGCAGUUCCUGGGCGGGACCAUCGUGGUCAUCAUCGGAGGGAUUAUCGUGGCUUCGGUGCUGGCGUUUAUCAUCUUUCUCAUUGUGCGCUACCGGGUCUGCAACCAGGGAGACGCAGAUAAGGCUCUGGAGAUGGGUGACAUCCGUUCCCUGAGCAGCGACGGUCAACUUCAAGGCUGCGGACUCCCCAAAUCUCUUUCCAAGCAAGUCCUGCGCCCCGAGAAGAACGACAAGGAGUGCCUGCGAGUCGCUUUGCCGCCGCUGGAGCCGACCAAGCAGCGAGCGCCCGCCGCGAUGUCCUCCGCCAACUCCGGCGCCGCCAAACCCUCCCUACCCGACUGCACCGUGUCCACCUCGGCCGUGAGCCACAGCUGGCACCCGGCGUCCCCGAGGGUGAAGCGCCCCAUGGCUCCGUCGAAACCAUCUGACAUGCGACAAGCUGACGUUCAGCUGAACAACGUCAACCGCAAUAACUCGGCGGAGGCGAAGGUGCCACCGGUGGUCGCUCGCGUCCAAACGGCCAACUGGACCACGGCUCCCAGGGUCCCCUGGGCCCGUCAGGCCCCACGCCAGUACAUGACCGUGCCCGCGGGGGGCGUCAGGGUCAACCGUAGACACUCCCUCAACGCGGACUCGUCCAGGGAGCGCUUGUACGUAGCGUACCCCAAAACGGGGGCUAGCCUGCGCUCCAAGCGAAGCCUUUCCAUGAGUGGCGAGCUUCCGCAAAUGAACAACGCCACAAACAUUCUGCGCGCCCGAGACAAGUUGUCCCGCUCCGAGUGGCUCUUGGAGAGCACCUUAUGA